AUGGCGAAAAUACCUUUAGUGGUUGGAGGAGUGAUAAAUAGCGGGGAAAUUGGAGGACCCCUUGAUCUUCAAGCCAAUUUACGCGGCGAUCUGGGUAUCAGAAGUCGAGGCAUACUUGGAGGCCUAAUUAAUACUGGUUACAUUGGUGGAGGCAUCAAUUUGAAGUCUUUUGCUGAAGGAGAUAAAGAUAAGGAAGAAGGCGGAAGUGAGGGUGAAAGAAGAAUUAAGGAAGGAGGUGGAAUUGAGGGCGAAGGUGGAUACGGAGACGGAGGCAACAGUACUAGUAGCGCAGCGCCUGAAAAAGAAGGUUAUCUCCUUAAGAAGCGAUCUGAAGCAAAGCGAUCUUUCAAUCGACGAUAUUUCGUUCUCCAUGGAAAUAUCCUUGUGUACAGUGAGAGUAGAUUCGUCAAAGAGCCACUCGGUGUCAUAUUUUUGGAAGGGCACUCCGUCGAACUUGUUGAUGAACGGAUGUUUGCCAUACAUUUUCACACUGCUGCGUACACAGGACGAAGUUACAUCCUUCAGGCGGAAUCUGAAGCAGAAGCGGAGUCCUGGAUGCAGGCUUUGGCCCAUUGCGGUUCAGAGUUUCUCAUCCUCUCUGUGGAGGAGCUUGAGGAUGCGUUGCGGGCGCUCAAUUCCCUUGCGGAUUGCUCAGAAGGUACCAGCACAGAGAAUCCUGUCCAAUGCACUUCAGUCAUUCCCACUCCUUCAUCUGCUGCUACUGUUGGUCACAGAAACCCUUUUAACUCGCCAAUAACGGUCCCACAGGAUCACAGACAGAGGCAUCAAAAGCAGCAACUGCACCAACAUUCCGUCGAACAUUUGGCUGGUCUGCUGACCCUCUCCUGGAAGGGGAUGCAAAAUAACGUUCGUGAGUACCUCGACAGUGCAGUCGCGUCUGCCGAAGUGGCAGAACAGCAGCAUCUGUGA